AUGUCGCACAUCGGCGUGGUGGCGGCGUACCUGUACGACUCGGUGAUCAUCGAGGGGUCCGUCAUCAAAAUGGAUGACAACGGCGACUCGGAGGGCAACUUCACCGUGCUGGCGCUCAGCGGCAACUGCAACAUGACCAUCCGCUACGUGAGGAGCCACAACUACACCCUCAGCUGCCACAACUGCAUGAAGCCCUUCGGCCAGUUCUAUCUCACCAACAAGUCGCUGCCGGAGUUUCGACCCGACCACGGUCGCACGCCGCCCUGGGACGGCAGUGGGGUGCCCAUUCAGGAG